AUGGCAGAGGCGAGGCGACUCUACAUCGGAAACAGCCUAUUCAGGAAGAGGGAGAUGAAGAGAUGGACCUGGAUAUCGCCGAACUCUAAGCACCGAAGCGAGAUCGACUACAUCCUGGUUGAUAAGCGACGCAUAUUACAUGACGUCUCCGUCGUGUCGCCAUUCAACACCGGCAGCGAUCAUCGUCUGGUGAGGGCGAGGGUCGUCAUCGACGGGAAGAGGGAGAAGAUGGCGCUGUAUUUGGCGUCGGGGGGGGGGCGUGUCCGAGUCUACAACGAGGCAAAUCUGCAGGAAGCCAUCAUGCAGGAAGACUGGUGCCAAGGAGACGGCAUAGACGAUGACUACAACCCACUGAUAGGGAAACUGAAGGAGUGUUUAAGGAAGGCUAAGGGAGUAUGCCUAAGAGAAAAGAAGGGAAGUAUCUCGGAAGAAACUACGAAGUUACUCGAGAAGAGGAAAAAUAUGAAGAGGACUAUUGAAGAUCACCUUGAAUAUUCCAUUCUCAGCAGAGUGAUUCGUCAGCAAGACUUUGAGGCAUACCGGAUGGAGAAGCUCUUGAAUGCCUCAGAGGAAAAGAAGAGGGACAUGGUACUAUAUAGAUCGGACGUGACGGCCCUGAAGAAUACAGAUGGAAUACCGGUCAACGAGAAGAGCGAGAUGGAAAAAGUUUGCGAAGACUUCUACACCAAGCUCUUUAAAUCUACCAGAAAUGUCCAGCCGUUACCACCACUCCAACAGGAAGAAAACGUGCCACCUAUCCUUGUCAGUGAGGUUGAAAGAGCCAUCGGCUCGAUGAAAAACGGAAAGGUGCCGGGGAAAGAUGGUAUAACAUCCGAGGUGCUAAAGUCAGGCAGAGAGCAGCUCUGGAAAAUCCUCGCUGAGCGAAUUACACACUAUCUAGACGAGGGAAGAAUUCUCUCGCAGUGGAAAGAGUCAAAUACCAUCCUGCUGUAUAAGAAGGGCGACAGAGAAGAUCUAAAAGAACUACCGACCCAUAUGCCUGCUGUCUCACGUGUACAAGCUGUUCACGAAGAUAAUUCUGGACAGGUUAUCACGUCGUCUCGACGAAAACAAUCGAGGGAACAAGCAGGCUUCCGGAAGAACUACAGCACGAUGGACCAUAUAGUUACUCUAACGCAACUGCUUGAGCGAGCAAAUGAGUACAAGCUGCCUCUUUGCGUUGCGUUUGUAAACUAUGAGAAGGCCUUCGAUAGCGUCGAAACCAACGCAUUGCUGAACUCGCUGCAGAGCGUCAAUAAUUUUACACCUGAAACAAUUAUCAUGUACACUAUGCGUAAGAGUGGCUGUGUGAGCCACUACAUAAACCAUUUAAUGGCGGCAGUCCUGUCUCAGUCUUAUUCUUAUGGUUUUCGUUUUGGUCGCAGUUCAUAUUCUUCGCAAUUUUCUUCAGGGGAGAUUCUGUUGGUAUCUUUGAACUUUCAUCUUCUUUACAAUUUUCGUUGUCGAUAA